CAUAUUGAUGACACUCAUGAUGCAACAUUUACAUUGUAUAUGUCUAUUUCAUAUUCAAAAUAUUGUUCUUGCAUUAAUUUAAUCCAUCAUCAUCUACGACAUAAACAUGAUGUAUUUUUACAGAGGAUAUACCGCACCAGAAUAUGUAGUUUAUGGUCAAUUAUCAGAAAAAGUUGAUAUUUAUAGCUACGGUGUUGUCAUCCUAGAAAUUAUCAGUGGUGAAAAAUGCAAUAAAUUGCAGAUCCAUGGUGAUUUUGAAGGUGAAUAUCUCCUUAAAAAAGCUUGGAAACUAUAUGAGAGAGGCAUACACAUAGAGUUGGUGGAUGAUACCUUGGAUCCUAAUGAUUAUAAUGCAGAAGAAGUGAAGAAAAUCAUAGAGAUUGGUUUGCUUUGCACCCAAGCAUCUGCUGAAUUAAGGCCAUCAAUGUCUGAAGUAAUUGUUUUGCUUCAAGGCAAUGACUUACUAGAGAAUAUGAUGAAACCCGCUAUGCCUAUCAUGAUUGAAACUUAAUUCUAGGGUUCCAUGUGA